AUGAACAGAACAAUGGGAGCUCAAAAGUUUGUGGACAUUCAAGACCUCAAGGAUUUACAUAUCUAUAAAGGUGUCCACAAACUCUUCAAAAACAUAGGAUGGGAAAUUCUUUUGAAUCUACAUGCACUUAGCUAUCAAACACCAAUGUUGGAACUUUUGUCCUCAAUCACCUUUGACUAUCAAACCCAUCUCCUUACUUUUCAUUUGCUCAAUCAAACCCAUCAAUUUCAUGCUGACAUCCUUUGUGAUAUCAUUUGUGCUCCUAAAGUAAGAAGGGAUGUAUACACAGCGAAGGGCAGAAAAAAUGUCAUUUUUGAGCAAAACUAUGCAAGUUUUUGGAGAAGCAUCUCUUGUGAGUAUGAGUAUCAGUCAGGUACAACCAAAGCUUCUAGCAUUAUCCAUCUGGUCUUAAAAGUCACCCACCGGAUCAUUGCUUCUCUCCUAUUUCCUCAAGAAGAUAUUAGUAAAGCUAAUAAGAAAGAGUUAGAAGUUUUGUGGUGUAUGAUUAACAAGCCUACAGAAGUCCCUCAUUUUGGGUGUUGGGUAAUUAAAAAAAUGCUUAGAAGUGCUACGAGCAAUGGUGGGAAGCUACAUUGUGGAGGCAUGAUUUUUAUUAUUGCUGAGCAUCUUGGCCUCCAUCUACCCAAUAACCCAACAAAUAUAUUCACAGGCCGUACUCGUAUAUCAAUUGAUGUUAUGGAAACAAUGCAUCUUUUCCACCACCUUCCCACUGGAGAUGUUCAUUGGACAGUAGAUGGCAAAGAGUAUCUACGCAUUGACAGCAGAAACAAGAAGAUACUUAAUUUAGCCAAUGACAUUCCAUCAACCACUUGGCAACUCAAAUCCAACUUAGGUGUUGCAAUAAAUCAUAGUCCUCCACCAUCUCCUCCUUCUGUUCCUACUGCUGGUGCCUCUAGCUCAUCUCGUCCCAUUCCUUUUCCUGAACACAAUCUCUACAUGGGAGAGUUUGCACGCUUGAACCACCGUUAUACCAACUUACAAUAG